AUGACAUUUCCUCUCAAGAACAUUGCCCUCGUUGGGGCAAGCGGAAACAUCGGCCAGAUCAUUCUUGCAGCACUUUUAGGAGCCUCUGAGUUCAAUGUCACCGUCUUGACUCGCGCCUCGAGUACUGCUACGUUCCCAUCUGGCGCCGCGGUCCGCAAGUCCGACUUCUCUAGUGCGGAUCUCCAGGCUGCGCUCAAGGGACAAGACGUCGUGAUCUCCGCAGUCGGCGCAACCGGAUUCGGCGAGCAGAAGAAUCUCAUCGAUGCCUCCAUUGCAGCCGGUGUCUCAAGGUUUAUCCCCUCGGAAUUCUCGUCGGAUGCCCUGAACGAUGUGGUCCUCAGGUUACUUCCAUUGUUCGCCCAAAAGAAGGAAGUCAUUGAGUACCUCAGGUCGAAGGAGUCGGAUUCAUUUGCCUGGACUGGAAUCGCCACGUCUGGUCUGUUUGACUGGGGCCUUGCCAACGGCUUCCUGGGCUACGACAUCGCAGCUCGAACUGCAACUAUCUGGGAUUCAGGCGACAGCAAGUUCACAAUGACCAAUCAAAAGCAGCUGGGAGACGCCGUGAUCUCUGUUCUGGAGCGUCCUCAGGCUACCGCCAACCAGUACCUCUAUGUUUCCUCUGUGGAAACCUCUCAGCACGAAGUCCUUGCUGCGUUUGAACGCGCCACGUCCUCCUCGUGGACCGUGGUCAACACAACAACCGAAGCAGAGGUUGCCGAUGCCACCAAGAAGCUUGGUCAGGGCGAUUUUAGCGGUGCACUUACUCUCGUGCGCGCCACGGCGUACUCGAACCUUCCUGGUUUGGGUGCGAACUAUGCAAAGGAUAGGAAGCUGGCAAACGACCUGCUUGGGUUGCAGGAGGAGAGUGUUCAGGAGACUAUCGAUAGAAUCGUCAAGGUAGCCUCAUCGCCUUAA